UUAAUUUAAACAAAAUAUUUGAAUGAUAAAAAUUAUUACAAAAAGCUAUCAAGUUUUAAAUUUUGACAAAUGUAAUAUAUUGCAGAAUCGUCUGAAGUUAAUGUAAUAACGUACAUGUAUAAAUUCAUACGAAUAAAUUAUAAUAUAUUCAAGGUAUAACAGUGAUAAAAGACAUUAUUUGAUAUCAUCAAUUGUUGCAUCCUUUGCAAUUAUGAAUUCUCCUAGAUCACCACAAACACCUCUCAGUUCUGAACUGAAAAAAAUUAUUAAUGAUAGAAAUGUCCUAAGUAUACGUAGUCGUAUGAAAGUUCUCAACAAUCUAAAUGAAAAUAAUCAAAAGCAAUGUGAGGAAAAGAAAAGAAAUUUAAGAUUCCAAGCCAUUCAAGAAAUUUUAACAACUGAAGUUACAUAUUUACGGCAAUUAGAAAUCUUGAUGGAGUAUUUUAUACAACCUAUAAUAGAAAAAAAAUUGUUAAAUCAUAGUUUACUUUCAUCACUGUCUGAAAACAUAAAAACAUUAUAUAAUGUUAGUGGAGAGUUAAUAAAAGAAUUGAAACAAGAUUCAGAAAAUAUUGCAGGUGCAUUUCACAAACUUGCACCUUUUUUUAAAUUGUAUUCUGUUUAUGCCUAUGAUUAUGAACAAAUUUUAUCACUGCUACAGACUAAACAAGAAAAUGAUUGUGAAUUUAAAGAUUUUGUUAGUAAACAAGAAACAAGACCAGAAGUUGGUAGAAAAUUAUCUUCACUGUUAAUUACACCAAUACAAAGGGUACCUAGAUACAAAUUACUUUUACGAGAAGUUUUGCAACAUACAUCUAACAAACAUAAAGAAUAUAAUCUUUUACAAGUAUGUUUGGUAGAAGUAGAAAAAGCUGCAAGGCAUAUAAAUACCUUCAUUGAACAAUAUGAGGAAUCACAAAAACUAUUAAAACUUCAAAAAUGUAUUGUAAAUCCAAUUAAUUUGGUAAAGCCUGGUAGAAAAUUAAUUAAGGAAGGAGCAUUAAUGAGGGUCUCUAGACGAGGAAACUCUGCAUAUAGAAGAUAUUUUGUUCUUUUAAAUGACAUUUUAUUAUAUUGUAAGGGUGAUCCACAAAAUUCAUUAACUAUAUGUUGUGUAUUACCAUUAAAUAAGUGUAAAAUUGAGUCUGUUUUGAGUGGUGGAUUGUUCCGUGUUACUUGUUUAAAUGAAACACUUUUACUUUAUUCUGAAAAAGAUGAUAGCAAUUUAUGGAUAACAGCAAUACAAAGUUCUAUAAAGAAGUAUGUAGAAUGUAGACAAACAUUAAGAAAGGAUAGUAGUUCAAGAAAACCAUUAAGGCAUAAUGACCUUAAUUUAUUUCCAUCUGAAAAUGUACCAAUAAUUGCUGGUAAAAGGAAGAGAUCAAACAAAGAAACUGAGAUUAAUCUAGAUGCAUCAAAAAUUAUGUAUCUGAAAAAAGACAAUGAAGCAGAUGCAGAUAUACGAUCUGAUAAUUGUUUGAUACUUUUAAAAAGAUUUAAAAGCAAUGAUGAUUCUAAAUACAUUAAAUCUUAUGAACAAAAAAUUAAUUAUAAAAUUGCAGAUAAGGAGAAUGUAUAUUUUACAAAACACAGUAAAGUAUGUUCUAUCCAAUCUGCAAAUUUUGAACAAGAGUCAUCAACACUCAAAUCCAUUAGUGAAUUCUUUACAUCUCUUGGUUCUUCUUUAAAAGAAUUUUUUAGAUUUAGGUGAUAUAUUAGUUCAUAAAGUUGAUAAUAAAUUUUACAAAGUUUCAAAAGAAUUCUUUAAAAUCCAAGGUUCUUU